AUGGCCCUGGUAGUUCCCGCCCGAGCUCUCCCCGCCCGAGCACCAGAGAGCGAGACCAAGAUGGCCGGCGCGGGCCCCCCGAUGGGCCAGUGGACCACUGGGCUGUGCGGGUGCUUUGAGGAUUGCCCCACGAUGUGCUACACGCUCGAGGUGCCCUGCUGCGUGUUCGGCGAGACGGCCAACAUCGUGCUCGAGGACAAGGGCGCGUGCGGCUGCGCGUGCUACUACUGCCUGUGCUCGUACAUUGGCCUGUGCUGCAUCGCGCACAUCCCCGUGCGCCAGCGCCUCAAGGAGAAGUUCGGCAUCCCGGCGUCCGGCGGCGACUGCUUCGUCACGACCUUCUGCUGCCUGUGCGCGAUCUGCCAGGAGGCGCGCGAGCUCAAGAACCGCGGCAUCACGCGGCCGGGCAUGAUUGGCGCGCGUGCCACCACCACCGCGCCGCAGCAGCAGCAGGCGCAGGGCGGCGGCGGCGGCCCGGUGUACGCGGUCUAG